GGGAGAGAGAGAGAGAGACAGAGAGAGAGGGGGGGGGGUGUGUUCAAGUGUGUGUGAGGGUGGGAUGUUGCAGCAGGAGCAGUUAAAGGCACCAUCAGAAGACAACGACUCCAAAGCUCAACUGGAUGCUCCUCUGAGCCCGGCAAAAUGCGAGGUUUGUUCUCAGUGACGCUGCUGCUGCUCCUGGCCCUGACGCUCUCCACCGAGGCCCACAAGAGACCCAAAGGUCACAAAGGUGGUAAACACGAUAAAACCCGGCCCAUCUCAGAGUGCUCUCCUGCAGAGACUCAGUUUGGGAAAUGUGUCCCAGAACAGGGGGACUGUGGAGAGGGUCUGAGAGAGGCCACCUGCAAAGACAGCACUGACAAGAUCCACUGCAAGAUCCCCUGCAACUGGAAGAAGGACAUCAAUGACUGUAAGUACAAGUUUGGCCCGUGGGGAUCCUGUGACGCCGCCAGCAACACCAAGAGCCGGUCUGGAACGCUGAAGAGGGCGCUGUUCAACGCCGAGUGUCAGACCACGGUCAAGGUGUCCAAACCCUGCUCCCCUAAAGUCAAGCCGACCAGAGGAGACAAGAGGUCCAACUGAAGAAUGAAGAAAAGGCUCAGAAGACGGCAGGAUUUCCUCCCUACUCCUCCGGCUGAAAAAUCUUCUUCUUAAAAAAUAAAAAACCGAGAGACUCCUCUGAAGCACACCAACCAUUUUUGAUUCAUGGCCUCUGCCUUCUUUUUCCACUUGUGAUGAUUUCCUGUUCUUGUGUUUUAUUGGAGUUAAAGUGUGGGCAGCUUCUCCAGCGUCCUCCCGUUAGAUAAUGAUUCAAUAAUAAUGAUCCUUGUUUAGCUCCUAGUUUGUUUAACAUAAAUGUGGAGAUAGUCCGAAAGGUUUUGAGCGUAGUUGGAGUUAAAUUAACGUUCAGAUAUGAGCGCUCUCUUUGUAGUCCCGUCCAGACGAUCGGAGAGUUUUUACGAGUUUAGAAUCACCUUAAAAAAAAUGUAAAAUAAAUUAACCAGCAUGGAAAAAGAAAAAAAUCCUCUAUGAAAUCUAUUUUUUGAAGCAUAGAUUAUUGACUUUACAGGAUGACUCUUGUACAAAUGAACAAAUUAAAUAUUGUACAUUGUUUUGGUGAA